UCUUGGUGUGACCGGUGACAAUAUCGAUCAGCAAUGCCGCACAGACUUUUGCGCGCCGAAAUAUGCGUGCGACAGCUUUAACCUAACCACUUAGAUGGAACGCGGAUUUCUGUUCGAUACGGUGUCGGAAGUGCUGAGGGGGGAGGGCUUGGCCCUUGUGGUUGCAGGUGGCAAGGAAGUAGGAACGGAGGAUGGCAGUGUCGGGGGUCCGGGGGAACAUGGGCUUGAAUGGGGGGUGCCUCAGAUACCAAAGUUUUGUUGA